UGCGGGCCGGGGCCGCGGCGAUGCUGGAGGAGGCGAGCGAGGUGCUGGAGUCGGUGCUCAAGGCCUCGUGCCUCCCGCUCAGCGUCCUGCUCUUCGUGCCCGCCGUGCUCCUGCUCCUGGGGCCGCCGCCCGCCGCCGAGGCGGCGCACGAGUUCACGGUCUACCGCAUGCAGCAGUAUGAGCUGGGCGGGCAGCCCUACGGCACCAGGAGCGCCGUGCUGAACACGGAGGCGCGCACCGUGGAAGCGGACGUGCUGAGCCGCCGCUGCGUCAUGAUGCGCCUGGUGGACUUCUCCUACGAGCAGUACCAGAAGGCUCUGCGCCAGUCAGCCGGCGCCGUGGUGAUCAUCCUGCCACGAUCCAUCUCCUCUGUCCCCCAGGAUGUCGUGCGGCAAUUCAUGGAGAUAGAGCCAGAAAUGCUCGCUAUGGAAACCAUUGUGCCAGUCUACUUUGCAGUGGAAGACGAGGAGCUGCUGUCUAUCUAUGAACAAACACGGGCUGCUUCUGCAUCACAGGGUUCUGCCUCAGCUGCAGAAGUUCUGCUGCACACAGCAACUGCCAACGGCUUCCAGAUGGUGACCAGUGGGGCUCAAAGCAAAGCCAUCAAUGACUGGCUCAUCCCCAGUGUGGAGGGAAGGCUGACAGGGCUGGGUGGAGAAGACCUGCCCACUGUUGUGAUCGUUGCCCACUAUGAUUCCUUUGGAGUGGCUCCAUGGCUGUCCCACGGGGCUGACUCCAACGGCAGUGGAAUCUCAGUGCUGCUGGAACUGGCCAGGCUGUUCUCUCGCCUCUACACCUACAGAAGGACCCAUGCUGGGUAUAACUUGCUGUUCUUUGCCUCUGGAGGUGGCAAGUUUAAUUAUCAAGGAACUAAGCGGUGGCUGGAGGACAAUUUGGACCACACUGAUUCCAGCCUGCUGCAGGACAAUGUAGCAUUUGUUCUCUGCCUUGACACUCUGGGCAGAGGCAACAGCCUUCAUCUUCAUGUCUCCAAGCCUCCCAAGGAGGGCACCUUGCAGCAUGCAUUUCUGAGAGAACUGGAGAUGGUCGUUGCCAGCCAGUUCCCAGAGGUGAAGUUUUCCAUGGUGCACAAGAAGAUCAACCUGGCUGAGGACAUGCUGGCGUGGGAGCACGAGCGGUUCGCGAUCCGGCGCUUGCCGGCGUUCACCAUCUCCCACCUGGAGAGCCACCGGGACAGCCUGCGCAACAGCAUCAUGGACAGGAGGGCACGAAUAGACACUAAAGCACUGACCAGGAAUACUCAGAUCAUUGCUGAAGCUUUGACAAGGGUCAUCUACAAUCUAACAGAAAAGGGAGCACCUGCAGAUAUGCAGAUCUUCACAGAUCAGAUGCAAAUCCAGCAGGAGCAACUGGAGUCGGUGAUGGACUGGCUGAGCAGUCAGCCCAGGGCUGCCCAGCUGAUUGAUAAAGACAGCACCUUCCUCAACACCUUAGAAUAUUACAUGGGACGCUACCUGAAGGAUGUCAAGCAGCAUCACGUGAAGGCAGACAAACGGGACCCCGAGUUUGUUUUCUAUGACCAGCUGAAGCAGGUGAUGAAUGCAUACAGGGUCAAGCCAGCAAUCUUUGACCUGCUCCUGGCUGUCUGUAUUGCUGCCUACCUUGGCGUUGCCUAUGUUGCAGUGCAGCACUUUGGUCUCCUUUACAAGAUGAUACAGAGAUUAUCCCUUAAAACCAAGCAGCAGUGAAGCACCAAGUCCCCCCACCCAGCAGCACUGAGCCAUCGUGAAGAGGUUUGAUGGAUAGAUUUGUCAGAGAACUAUUUGCUCAAAAAAAAAAAAAAAAAAAAAAGGAAUCUCCUUGCAUUAUUUGGAGGAAUAGACACCUCUACAAAACGGGAGAAAAUCGAUGUCUUUAAAAGCUUCAUCCUGUCUAGUCGAAAGUCAAAUAGUAUGACAGAAAACAUUUACACACUCCAAGCAUGAUUCCAGCACCUUGAGGUGAGCAAAUUCCUGUUUAUUCUAAACGUUUGUGCUCAUGUGAAGCAAUUAAAAGUUUCUAUGCAAAA